AUGGCUUUCUUUCUCUGCUUCUUCGUUCUCUUUCUCGCUUCUUCUGCUUCGGCUUGUGAUCGUUGCGCACACCAAUCCAAAGCUUCUCAUUUUCCCAAAGAUGCUCCUCCCCUUUCACCUGGAGCUUGUGGUUAUGACUCUUUAGCUCUUGACAUUAGUUUCAGAAAACUCGCAGCGGGCGCUGCUUUACUUUUCAACAAUGGAGCUGGUUGCGGUGCUUGCUUUCAGGUAAGAUGCAAGAACCCAGAUUUAUGCACAAAAGCAGGGACAAGAGUGACAUUAACAGAUCUUAAUCCCAGCAAUGAAACUGAUUUUGUUCUAAGCAGUAGAGCUUUAACCGCCAUGGCUCUUAAGGAAAAGAGAAAAGAAAUUUUGAAACAUGACAUUCUUGACAUUGAAUAUAAGAGAGUACCUUGCGAGUUCGCAGACCAGAAGUUGGCUGUUCGUGUUGAAGAAUCAAGCAAAAAACCAGAUUCUUUAGUAAUUAAAAUUUUGUAUCAAGGUGGCCAAACAGAGAUAGUAGGCGUUAACGUAGCUCAGAUUGGAUCUUCAGAGUGGGAAUAUAUGACAAGACACCAUGGUGCAGUGUGGGAGACAAGUAAGGUUCCAAAAGGGGCAUUACAGUUAAUGUUUGUGGUUACAGCAGGAUAUGAUGGAAAACAGGUAGUGGCAAAGAAGGUUCUACCAGCUAAUUGGAAAAUUGGAAAGAUUUAUGAUUCUGAUAUUCAGAUUACAGAAAUUGCACAAGAGGAAUGUCCAAUAUGUGCGGAUGAAAAAUGGGAAUGA